CGACGUUCAGUCUGUCUAGUGGUGUGAGUGAAAGAGGACGCACAGGAGGUUGGACUGAGGUCAUGAUGUCUUCCCUCUCCUCUUGGCCGGACACGGGGCUCGCUGGGACACUGGUUGCUGCCACCCUCCUGCUGGCGCUCUUGAGAAUCCUACAAUUGGUGCGCCUGUGGUGGCAGAUGCCCCCGGGGCCCUGGGGACUGCCUCUGGUUGGUUACCUGCCGUGGAUCGACCCCCGCGCCCCUCACUUGACGCUGACGGAACUCGUACACAAGUAUGGGCGCGUGUACAGCCUGAAGAUGGGCAGCGUGCCCGUGGUGGUGAUCGCGGACCCCGAGCUCAUCCGGGAGACUUUCAACCAGAAGAUCACGACGGGCCGGGCGCCGCUCUACCUCACGCACGGCAUCAUGAAGGGAUACGGCUUGAUAUGUGCCGAAGGUGAUAUGUGGCGUGAUCAUCGAAAGUUCGUGUUGGGUUUUAUGCGGCACCAUGGGAUGAAGAACACGGGGUCGAGAGGCGCCAUGGAGCCCAGAAUUCAUGAAGUGGGAGUUCAGCUCACUAAGGAGUUAGCCGAGGAAAGCGAGGGGGUCGACAUCACGGAGAAGCUGAUGCACCACGUCGGGAACAUCAUGAACCAGCUGAUCUUUGGCCUCACCUACCAGGAGGACGACGGCACUUGGCGCUGGCUGAGGCACCUGCUGGAGGAGGGCACGAAGCUGGUGGGCGUCGCGGGGCCACUCAACUUCCUGCCUUGUCUGAGACACCUCCCGCAAUACAAUCGCAUCUUCAGCUUCAUCACGUACAACCAGCGGAAGACCCACGCCGAGUACCAGAAGAUCAUCUCGGCGCACGAGGAGGAGCUCCAGCAGGAGUCCUCUUCAAGCGGCCACGGCGGUCAGGCUGCGGUCGACGAGACCCCCAGCGACGAUGAGGCCAAGGACACACCCAGGCACAUUGUGGAUGCCUACGUGAAGAAACGGAGACAACUUGGGGAGAACAUCGGCACCUUCACGUACAAGCAGCUGAAGCAUGUGGCCGCCGACCUGUUCGGGGCGGGCUCGGAAACGACCAUCACGACCCUCAAGUGGCACUUCCUCAACAUGGCGCUUUUCCCUGACAUACAAACAAGAAUCCAACGCGAACUAGAUGAACAAGCCAAAGGACGUGACUACGUGACCCUGGGAGAGGGCGAGGACCUGCCCUUAACCAAGGCAGCCAUAAUGGAAUCGCAGCGACUCCGCAGUGUUGUUCCUUUGGGCAUUCCGCACGGCGUCUCUCAGGAAUUGCGCGUGGCUGGCUACAGGGUUCCCCGAGACACCAUGAUCCUACCGCUUCUCUGGUUCGUCCACCACAACCCCGACACUUGGCCCGAUCCGGAGCUGUAUCGACCCGAGAGGUUUCUCGACACGGAAGGCCGCGUGCUCAAACAUCCGGCCUUCAUGCCCUUCCAGACGGGCCGUCGCAGGUGCAUCGGGGACGAGUUCGCUAUGAUGAUCCUGUUCAUAUUUACGACCCGGAUCCUGCUCAAGUUCAGAAUCAAGCUCGAGGACGAGUUGAAGGGCGACCCAUCCCAGGAACCAGUGUGUGGCAUCACGCUCUCCCCGAGGCCCUUCAAGCUGGUGUUCGAGCCGCGGGAGUCGAAAUGAUGGCGAUAUUGCAUGCGCAGGCACCGUGGCCAAGUCCACACUGUAUGGUUGUGAUAUCCUUGGAAGCUGUUACUGGAAUGUUUUGAAUAAAAAAUGUAUUCCACAACUAUUUAGAAAUUUGAUAAGCCUAAGCCGCAUUUAUUUAAACUUCUAAUGUUAAUUUUUACUAUACAAUUGUUAUGAGCCUUGCAAUUAUGGACACAUUAUGGUAUGCACGCGUAUGCACAUGCUGAUAACAACGGACAAGCAAUUAUUUUAUUUUUUCUCGCUCAGAAUAUUAUAUAAUAAAAAGUUUCUUUGUAUUUUGUAAAUCCAAUUUGAAAGUUCCGAAACUUGUUGAUCUAACUGGCUCGAGUUUGUUUGAUCCUUAUUUUAUAUAUUUAUUAUUUUUUUUAUCGAACUUUCCAGAACUAUUAAUUUGCUUUCUUCUGUGAGGCAAUAUAUUUUAGGCUUAAUAGUGUAUCUUAAUUCUUUGUAUUCUGAUACCCCUAAUUAUGCAGUCUUUUUGCAAUUACCUCUUCCAAGAAUCAAAAGGCUGUUCAUAACUUGAAAUCAAAUCUUAGAAUCAGUUCAUUACCAGCAGCAUAUAAAACAUGUACCAUAGUUUCAGUUCAUUACCAGCAGCAUAUAAAACAUGUACCAUAGUUUCAGUUCAU